UUUGAGGUUCAGCAUCGCUCGCCACGUCAACUGAGCAAAGCCAUCUUCCGAUCUUGUCAGACAAACUGAACAGAAGAUCAUGAAUAUCUUUCGAUUAGUCGGGGAUCUUUCCCAUCUACUGGCAAUUAUUUUGCUUUUAUGGAAGAUAUGGAAAACAAGGUCAUGUGCUGGUAUCUCUGGGAAGUCCCAGCUGCUCUUUGCGUUGGUCUUCACCACCCGCUAUUUGGAUCUUUUCACUAGCUUUAUUUCUGUGUACAAUACAUCAAUGAAAGUGAUUUAUAUUGUCUGUGCCUAUGCCACCGUUUACCUGAUCUAUGUCAAGUUCAAGGCUACCUAUGACCACAACCAUGACACCUUCAGGGCAGAGUUCCUGGUGGUUCCUGUUGGAGGACUUGCCUUUCUUGUCAAUCAUGACUUCACCCCACUUGAGAUCCUUUGGACAUUCUCCAUCUAUCUUGAAUCAGUCGCCAUUAUGCCCCAGCUCUUCAUGAUUAGCAAGACUGGAGAGGCAGAAACUAUCACUAGCCACUAUCUCUUCUGUCUAGGGGCAUACAGGGCACUCUACAUCGUCAACUGGAUCUACCGCUUUUACUCAGAGGGGUUCUUUGAUCUCAUUGCCAUUGUCGCAGGCUGUGUACAGACGAUACUCUACUGCGACUUCUUCUAUUUGUACAUUACAAAAGUUAUCUAUGGACAGAAGCUCUCAUUACCAGCAUAAGGGAGACACUCUCUUUCACCUGUACAUGCAGAUGACUAUGUCUUAGUGAUGUAUAAAAUUUCUUCUGUCUCACAUAGAGCAGACAUUCGCUUUCCAACUGGAAUGUAUUUGAAUGUACUUGCCAUAUCACAUGAAUGUGAGCUGACUUGCAAGAGAGGGACAUAUGAUAAAACAAAAAAUGUUAGAUCAAUUGCAGAUGUAUUUAGAUAUUUAAUAGAAUCUGUCCCACGUUGUAAAUUCAAGGUGAGUUGGGAGUUGCCCUUGGACAUGCGUGAAAGUAAUGGUAGCUGAAACACUUGCGCCCUUGUUGAGUUAUCUUUAUGUGAUCACUUCAGUUAAAAAUACAUACUUGUAUUUUUUUUAGAAUGUAGGGUUUGUAGUUUCAUUGAAAUUAUUUAAAACUUAAAAUGAUAAAUCAUGAUCAUAGUUUGAAUGAAUUCUACAUUCUUAAAUAACGGAAAAUCCGACAAGCAUGUACUGAAAUGUUGGCAGAAAAUAUCAGAUCAUUUACCUGUUGAGGUUGAUGUAAAAUUGGACAGAGAAGAAGACAAUUUUGAAGUUUUGAAAUUAUUUUUUUUAAUAAUUUGGUAUUGAUUUCAUCCCUUCAAUCUGUUUUGCUGCUGCAUUUUCUUCUAUAACUUCAUGAGUACCAAUGGUGUGUUGGAUUACAUUUCAAUGUAUAGAUGCGCAAUAUCACUAAACAUCGAUAUACCAGUAUUUGCAUUUUUGCACCCUACUACCGAUUGCACCUGACGCCAAAGAUAAUUGAGGUAGGGUUUUUUGAAAAAUGCGUAUUUUACCGAAAUCAUAUCAUGUUCAUUGGAUUAAAAAUUAGUGUCAGUUAUGUGCUAGUUUUCCUCUUAAUUCAGUAAAUUGUAUAUUUUCUAUCCAUAUUAUAUGACUGUACACAGUAAUUAUUGUUUCCUCCCAUCCCUGUUUUAAGUUGUCUUCCCUUUCUCGCAAGAUUUGCCACUUUCAUGUGAUACUCUUGGUAAAUUAAAAAUCAUACUUGUAUUUGUGUCUAUCACUUCAUUUAUGUAUUUUUUUGUUCCUGUUCAUACUCGACUUUAGAUUUUUGUGGUGUUUUACAAAAUUUACAUAUAAUUUUUACACUAUAUAGCAGCAUGGAUUUGAUUUUAAAUCUUGUGAAAAGCACACAAAUAUUGUGCACGUCAAGUGGAUCAGACUUCUGCAUUAUUUUAGAACUCGGUGAAAUACGAAUGUGAUAGAUCAUCAUCACAUAUUUUUUUUUAGUUUCUCAUAUUUUCUCCCUUCUUUGAUAAUGUAGAUAGAUAGUAGAUUAUUAAUUGAUGUAUUAAAAACGCAGUGCUUGUGUUAAAGAUAGACAAUUAUCUCAAUGCCAUUUACUUACUGUAUGAGUAUACUUUACACUUGAUAUGAUGUGAUUUGAUUCCUGACUAUUGUGUCAUGCACAGUAUUGGCAGUUGGGUACAGAAAGCAUAAUAAAGAGAGGAGCUGAAGGCCUAGCUGGGCUAUGUCAUAUUCAUUAUGGUGUAAUACAUGCGAUGUCAUGAACUUUGUAAAUAUGAAGAGAAAAUGUUGACUUAUCAAGUUUUUGAUACACAGUUGCUUUAGUGACUGUAUUAGGUAUUGGGGUUGUAUUCAAACCAACUUCCCAAAGGUCGAGAACACUUUUUUUACUACACUUUCUCAGUUUUAAUUCUUUUCGCCUUUGAUUUAUUUUACUCUAUGUCAUUUCAUGGAAUGGGAUAUGUUCUAUAUAGUUAUGAAAUCUCUUAUUUAUGCCACAGGAAAAAAAGGAUAUUAAAUGGAAUCAUUGCAAACACAUGAAUUGUUAGACUCGGUCACAAAUCUAAUAAAAAAUAUUAAGACAUGAAUUAUAAUUGAAUAACUUUUAGAGGCUUGCUACUGGAGAAAGUUGAUAUACUUUCUUCAAUUUUGAUGUCAGAUACAAUCGUCAUUCAAUGUCACUUUAUUUUGAUUAUUUUUUUAAAUAUGUCAAUUAAUCAAUGUAUGCAUUUUGUGGUAGGUAAAUUUUACAUUGGCAUGUACAUUUGAAUGCUUUCAAGUUGUAACCCAAUAUGUACAUGCACCUGUAUUUUUUCCUAAAUAAAACAUUCUUGUGCAUCCAUUAUAUUUCAAUUGAUGUUUAAGUUUUAUUAUUACUAAUUUAGAAAACUAGAUAUAGAAGAAAUAUAUGUUUAUGUUUUUCUGCUGUUGUACAUACAAACUCCUUUACUCUCAGCUGUCAAGUGAACUCAUUUUAAUGUAAAUAGAUUUUCAUGUGUUCCUAAAACAGGGGUGUCAGUUAUAGGUUACAGUCUUAAUUCUUAUCUCCGACAUUUAUUUAUAGCAAUUAUUUUUAAUCUUUGGUGCAAACUUAAUCUUGAUCGAUGAUUUAUGGUCAACAAUUAAUACAAAUAAUUGCGACGCCAAACUGUAAUACUCGCCCCUCACAUGAUUUUCAGCUUUUAGAUGUUUUUUCCAACAGUUAAUUAUGAAGCAGCCCGUUCAUUGACUGCGAUCCUCUUCCAAAAUAUGCAUAAUUUCUUUUGUCUUUGUCUUAUUUCUUUGUGAUAUCUGAUUUUUUUCUCUUAAUUAAGAUAUUUCUAUUUAUUCAAGUGACCAUUUUCACUAUUUUAGUUGCCCACAAUGUGUGAAUUUAUAAGAAUACAAUGUCAAAUAAUAUUUCUAUAGACCCUUCUGAUGAAAAGUGAUUGAUGUUAUAAUGAGUGAAGCAUUUACAUUUUUUUCCCUUUCUCUUACUGUAAUUAUUUGAAAUAAAAGUUGGGAAUAUUGUUUUUUUUUUUCUAGCAGAGUGAACAGAGAAAUGACAAGCAAGUAUGCAUGAUUAAAUGAUUCAGUUUGUAAUGUGCAUUUCAAACAGUAACACGAAUGUUCAAGAAUUUGUUUUGCGUUUUUUGUUUAUCACUAGUGCCUUUUGAGAAGUCAUAUAGUGAGUGUCCUGACAGCAUCUUAUUUUGUCCAAGUCUAGCAAGCCUAAAGGCUUUAAGAACAUGGUUUAUUUUCUGAAAGAAUAUACCUCUGGAAUAUUCACGAGGACAAAUUGUAAGGAUAUAAACAAAUUGCAACACGGCAAACAAUUGGUCUGCAUGGCACAGUGGUAUAUAAUUGAUGACCCUGAGAAAAAAGUGGGUUCGGAUCCCAUUAUGGACCUACAUCUGUCUGUGAUGUUAAGUCAUACAGGUAAAAUCCAUUUCAAAGUCUUCAAAACAGUUUCUGGGCUUGCUUGGUUAUGGAAAAAAGAAAUCAGAUGUAUCCUGUCAGAGUAUUGCAAUGGAAGCUUUGAACAAUAACCACCUCAUUUAGUUAUUUAUUCUUUUGUAAGAAUGAUUUAAAUUGCAAACAUGCAUGAUAUGAUCUCUCACAAGUCAAAAUAUUGCCUCGGUCAGAUCUUAUCAAAUGUUGAGUUUUCCCUUCCGAUAUUUACACUCAUUUCCCCAAUUCUCCUGGGUUUACUAGCUUCAACUAUUUCAGUGGUGCUUAGACAUCAAAUCUAUUAGUUGAUUGGCAUUCACGUUGACAUCACAAGUCUCAACUUUAAUAUGCUACAUGUAUUUGUGAGUUCAGCGAAGCGGUAGCACGAAUGACUUUUAUACACGUUCAUUGUUUGCAAACUGUUCAUCUGCAAAUUCGAGUCAUUAAAAGCUGAAUGGAUGCACAGAA